AUGGCGAAGAGGAGCGCCGCGAAGGGUGGCGCCUCGAAGAAGGGCGUCUCGAAGAGCACCGCCCGGCCAGCCAAGAAGCCCUCGCGCGGCCCACUCACGGAGAAAGCCGCGAACACGCUCAAGGUGCUCAAGGACAACGCGCAGGCCGUGGGCGUCGAGCCGGGCAAGGACUGGCCGGCAGACACGGUGCCCAACGUCAGGGCUUGGCAGAAGCUGCCGGACGGGUGGCGCCACGCGUUCAAGGUGACGAACGCGUCGGCGAAGAGCAGCGGCGGGACUCUCCAUCGUUGCUACGUUGGUCCAGGAGGCGUCAUCAAGUGGCACAAGAAGGACCUCGAGGAGUACCUCGGCAAGGAGUUCCCGAAGGACGGCGGCGAGCGCCCGCGCUUCAUGUCGGCUCUCGUGUGCAAGGACUUCCCGCCCAAGGAGAUCAUCCGCCGCACUGCAAAGAAGGACUCGUCGCCGUACGUCCUCAAGCGGUGCGAUGACCUGGCAGGCAAAACAGUCGAGUACGCUCUGAUGCAGUUUACGUACAAGAAGAACGGGGCGGACCUGCCCUACGGCCUCAGCGACCUCAAGUACGACAUCAGGAGCGGCAACCUCGAGCUCGGCAAGGCCGCUGGCGCGGCGGCGGCGAAGGCUGGGGCCAAGAGGGCCGCGCUCGGCAAGACGGGGAAGACGGCCGCGGGUGCGCCCGCCGGGAAGGCGCGGAAGGUUGCCGCCGGCGUGGCGGCCGGGCGGGCCGCCGCCUCGGCGAAGGGCGCCGCAACGAGUCAGCGGGCGGCGCCCGCGGCGGCGCGCGCCGCCCCGGCGGCCAGGGCCCAGGGAGACGAAGCUGCGGGCGCCAAGGCGGCGGCGGCCAGCGCCCUGCAGGGCGCGAAGCGCAAGUCCGCCACGCCAGGCCAGCUCUUCACGCUGAACAGCGCGGCCGCAGUCCUGAGGAUCGAGAAGUCGCUCGCCCUCUCCCUGCAGAACAUCGUGAAGAUGCCGCCCUCCGAGCGCGGCGCCUUCGGCCGCACCGUCAUCAAGGAAUUCGAGCGCCUGCUGCGCUGA